AUGAGGAUCGUGCCGACAAGCUGUAUCUUGCUUAUCCUUGCUUACACGGCAAGAAGCGCCAUCGCUUCUUCAAAGCCCGCGUGUCCGAGAAGUAAGUAUCCGCCGAGCAGAUACGCGCUUUCGACCGACACAGUUUGCUUACGUCUGCUUCCAAUUUCCGCUGCAACUACAGCCGCAACGCUCGAGUGCAGGGUGCAGGGUGACGAAUCGCCAGAAGCGGCGCUGCGACAGGUGGACGAGCACGCCAUCAGGUCCAUGUACUGCGCUUUGGGAUGUGACUCUGUUGUCAACAAUCGCACUAGAUCAGCCUUGGCACCGUACGUCAAGCCCAACUGUUGGGUGGAAAAGGAAGAGAAUCGAGUCGAGUACAAAAAGUUCGAAUCCAAGGACGACAAGGACGAGAAGAAAAGACGCUCGCCACGACGGGGGAGGCCAGACAUAGCUGCACGAACAGAAACGAGGGACAUCGACGCCUACACCAUCGGCAGCGCAACGUUCCGUUUCUGCUGCACCGAUACCAACCGCGAGGUGUACUCGGAAGCUGCCGCAAAAAGGAUCGGGCUUGAGCUCUCCAUCUGCGAUCGGCUGUAA